UAUGAGCUACUAUAACUAUUUAACCGUUCAAAAGUAUGUCCAUAGACAAACAUGAAGUGAUAUAUAUUUUUCAAAUGUACAUGUUGUCAGUGAAGAUAAUCUAGCUACUACUGUUGCUUUAAAAUAGAGAUUGACAGCACAAAUAACAUUUGUUUCGAUAUAUUGUGCAUCACAUGGUCUCAUUUCCUGCACUGAUACAAGGGGCCUUGAAGUUCGUUUUUUUGCGUGGGUGGCUACUAGUGUAUUUAAUGCACUGCAUGAGCAAAUUUUACGAAUGAAAUCGGUUCAAUUAGGAAGAGCCAUGGAUCUUAUGUAUUGAUACAGGCAGGGCUGUUGCUGCAUAGCACAUUGAUGAAGAUACGCGAUCGCGUCGUCUGUUUCAAUGGAACGGUCUCCCAAGCAGAACCGUAAGACACCAAAGUCAGCAAGGGAUCAUACCACGCAGUCCUUGUCAAGUACCCUGUUCUGUGACAAUGCUCUGAGUCCCCUUCCUGUUGCAACAUGUACAUCACAGACCACAGCCCCACUACUGGGGUGGUGACAAUCAUAGUGAUCCUCAUCGCUGUUGCUGCCCUCGGUGUUCUCAUCUGCGGAUGUUGGUGCUACCUGCUCCUGCAGCGGAUUGGCCAGUCUGAAGAUGAGGAGAGUAUUGUAGGAGAGGGCGAGACCAAGGAGCCCUUCCUGAUGGUACCGUACUCCACCAGGGGCCCCCACGUCGAGCACAAAACCAAGCUCACCCACAACGGCACUGAGAAUCACACUUAACUGAGUCAUUAAGAAACCGUGGUCACCACCUAAUAUUAACCAAGAGGAUCUCCUCAUUCACAUUUCAUCAUAUUUCAUCACGCCAUUGAAGGAUGAUAAACCGACUGCAGCUCAAUGUCAAUGUCUUGGGAAAUGUGAUAUUUUUGUUUGUGGAUCUCAGUCAGGAUGUGAGCUUGUGAACAGUUCAUUGUUAUGUUUCUUAAGUGUACAUAUUUUGAACACAAAAAUGUACAUCUAAUUGAUAUUUAUAGUUUUUGUUAACUCAGCAAUCCACUACUGAAUUUUGACAAUAGACACAAGACAGCGCUCUGACGAAAUGAGUGGGCCAAACCUUCUUCAGAGCUUGUUGGAAGAAUGUAUGGCAAAUUGAUGACAAAACAAUUUACUUAAUAUCAAGUUGCUCAAAUUAUUUGAAAUUAGCUUAAUUUGUUUGUUUAUUUUGCAUAGUUGAACUUGGCUUUGUUUUCUCCUGUGGUUGCACAGGCUACCACUCAACUAAAACCAGUCAUUGAAAGGGCAAUUCUCCUUUGAUAAACCAUCAUAUUUCACACAGCACAACAGGGUCUGAGGUUUAGUGAGGUCCGCAAUCUAAAAUACUAUUUGGAGAACAGUGAAAAUUUGGCCAUGAUUGCUACACCUUUAGAUAGCUGGCUAGACUAAUUUAACAAUCUAAAAAAAUGUAAUUGACAUGGGCUACUUGAGUGACAGUCAGUGAGUGACAUAUAAGAAGAGGGAAACUGCUGAUGCACAACCAAGUUCGAAAUUGCACCUUGUGUAUUCUACUAUUCCAACUCUCAACAGUAAAUUGAGACCCCAACUGUUCCUUAAAAAAUAUAUAGAUUAUUAUAUAUUUUUAUAAUGUUGGCAAGGUCCAUACCUCGGUGUCCUCAUAUGUAGCUACAACACAGUAGCUGUUACAACUGACAUGGGUUGAGAAGUCCUACCAAGAAGCUACCAAGAGCCAAUUACAUAUUUUCUAUAUUCAGUUGCAACAUAGGAAAGAUAGGAAAGAUUCUAUGGUAGCUGAGCAGGUUGAUAUUUGAUGAAACAAUGUUAUAAAGUAUUAUGAAAUGUAAAUAACAUUAUGAAGACUAUUGUUCUCUUUGUCAAUUGAUGUACCAUUGUAUCAUUUCCAAAUAAACUUUAAAUGUUAUAUCGGUC